AUGACGAAGUUUGACCCUGAAGGUCUUGAGAGCCGUGGAAAAGUUGGACAAAAGAAGCGGCACAGAGGGCCGACUGGCACAUUUACAUCACUGGUAAGAUAAGCUUAUCUAAUAGUGCUGUUGAUACAAUUUCCGUGCGAUCCCGUAAGUUCAUUUAAUUGCAGUCGAACCUCGAUUAUCUGGACUUGUUUUUUUCAUGAAUAUUAAUAAGAUGUGAUCUUGAAAAUUGAAACCAUUAAAAGUUCAUUAAUCUUUUUAAAUGUUUUCAAACAUAUAUAUUCAAAACUUUGAAGUCUGUUAAAACCCAACACCUGUUGCCAAACAUUUAUAUUGUCGAGUGUUUGUGGAGCAAAGUUUUGCCCUUUUGAUUCGUGUUCACAUAUUGUACUUUAUAUUGCAUAAGUGCUAGGCUUUAUCCGGCUUCUUCAUUUAGAUCUAACAUGUUUGAUACCAUUUGGACAGCAUGUUCAACAUCACGACCAGUUUGGCCACCAAAAAUGUUUUAGGAGUGUGUAGUCAUGAGACAUUUCUCGUUUGGACAGGCCUUUGAUCAUGAAAAAGCAGGUCCUCAAUGGAAAUUGACAAGUUUUUUGGUUGUAUUUGGUUUCUUACAGGGCCCAAACCACACGUACUCUGGAGAUGGCCAUGAUAAACUUAUGGAUUUCAUGAACAACGCAUUUCCCCUUGCGUUUAUGGUUUACAAGAUGUUUUUGGUAGCUACAUUCUUUAUUUGAAACUGUGGCCCUCAAACUCAGAUCCUAAACUGAUAGCAUGGUGGUAUUUGGAGUAUCUUUAUGAGUCAAGGGGUAACUGCAGUUGAUAGUUUUUAUCAUAGAAGGGGCUAAACAGAGUCUGAGAUCAAUAUUGGUGAAGAGGAAUGUGUACAAGUCCCAGCUCCUAGACCCACCAAAUUGUCCAUAAGCAAUACACCCUGCUCCCCCUGCAGUAUCUUGUAAAAGAGUUUCUUACCUCCAAACACUAAUUUGUCUUAUUCCCCCCCCCCCACCCUCCAAUGGCUGUUUAAUGGCUCACAAUGAAAGGUAUUGUCGAAAAUGAGUCACAUGUCUCUGAACAAUUGACGCCUCACACCCAAGCAAACAAAAACAAUAACAAAGGCACAUGCAGCAUAAUGGACAAUACUGGGUCUUCAGAUAACUGGAGAGUUUUCAUCUUGUUCAGGGGGCAGUGUACUUGAGCAAUAAUUAGGUAUAGGGGUGCUGCUGAGGGUCCGACCCCCAGACCCCAUUUAGGAUAAAAAAAAGUAAACCUACCCCACAUAGGACAACACCUGCUAUUUUAGGAAAGGGAGUACCCCCAGUGUCUUGAUAACGUUUGUCAUAUAACAUCCUAAAACAUAAAUUAACAUUGACGCAUGAAAUCUGAAACUUUCAGCAGAAUUUGUCAAUUUUACACGACCUCAUUCUGGGCCCUUCGAUAUUAUUAAUAUUAACAGCUUGAUGACUGAUGUCCUUUAUUGUGGACUCAGGAUACAAAGUAUAAAUAGGUUAUGACCAUUGAUCUUUUGUUACCCUCAACAGUAAUCAGCCAAUAUCUGAGGCUGGAUAAAGGAUCAGACACUGGCAUAAUGGCAACCAUUCAUGCUUAUCUAAGUCCCACGAAGAUAUUGAUGCAUCCAACACGAUUCACUAUGGGCCUUCUACUAAUAAUAAAGUAUGGGUAAUAAUCACGUGCACCUCAAUGGUUUGCAUGUGAGUUUAGUACAUGAGCAAGUAAUUGCUGUGAAGCCACCACGCUUUGCAGCACACUAAUUCAGGUCGCAUACGUGACCUGGGUUGCCUGUUAAUGUACUUUUGAGUUGCCUAAAAUAAGUUCUUAUACAGUACUUUACAGCUGUAAUUGUGUGCAAUCAUUAUUGUUAGUGUCAGUUUUCUUUAAUUGUCCUGCCCAGAAAAUCAAGUCUUUCAUGCAAGGUAUUUAACUAGUUAAGAAUUUGAUUUAAUUUAUUCAGUUAUAUUUCAUUUUAUUUGCCACACAAAAAUAGAAAUUACAAAUACCAGUAAUAUACAUGUAGGAAAAGUAGAAGAAGUGGCGCCUAAUUAUUCAUAAUAUUCAAACAGAUUGAGAGUUGGUGGCGAGAACUCCAUCAUAGAAUGGAGAAAUUCUUCAAGAGGCAGUUGAGAAUGCUGUUAGAGAAAGGGUUCUAUGACCGAGAUGAUGAAAUGGACACCUUUUGGCAUUUGUCUUCAUUCCUGUUAUACAAAAGGAAAUGGACAUAUUCAGGGAAAUGAUAUGGAACUCUCACAGAGUGAGAGCUCAGAAAGAGGCCCAGAUGCCUAAGGGUAUACCAAAUCAUUUGUACUCUUUUCCAAAAACUUAUGGUGCCCAAGAAUGUGGUAUGUUAACAUCAUAAACCAAAACGUUUUAACCAAUACUCCAUCAACGCCAAUUUUGUAAUGUGAAGUGAAGGUUAUGCAAAAGUUUAACAGACCUUAUGGCGGGUGCUUAUUAUUAUUAUCUAUUUUUCUUUCAUUUUCCUGGUCAAUCAUUUAGAUCUGGAAAUGAAAUAUCACGUCAAAACAAGUUUUUAUGAGCACCAAAACACAGCUGAAAUCAACUCUUGUAGGGGAAAAGUAACUGUGAAAAUUGUGAUGAACUUCCACAAAGUGUCUUCCAUAAGGUCUGGACUUUCCUAUCACCCUCACUUGUAUCUACCCUUUAUGUUUUCAAAAUUAAACAAACUGGUUUCAGAAGAAAAGUUUUAGUAUACCUAUUACUUUCAGUGGAGAAAUACAAUUUACCAACAUUAAAGCUGUAGUAGGCCCUAAACUAAAAUGUACUGUACAGCAAGUUCCCCAGUUCUCCUUUUUUUGUCCACAGCAAAUGAUCCUCCUAUUUUUCUAAAAGGAUACUUGAGGGUCCCAGAAUGAGAGACCAGUGCAAUUAUUUUUUUUGAUGAAAAAUCAUCCAGUUUUGCUGAAAAUUUGCAGAUGUCAUAUCUUGAUGUGUUACAAACUGUACUUUACGAAAGACAAUUUCCUUUUUUUUUUUUUAAUCUUCUCUGACAUUCUUUGCAAUUUUGUUUUCUUAAGGACUGCCACUUACCCAAGAGGCAUUAAAUGAGGUUGCAAAAGUGUCAUGUGUUAUGACUGUUGGAGAGGAUUUCCUUCCUGCAGCGGUGAGAACUGAAUGCGAGCGGAUCAUUCCAGAUGUAGAUGGCAUCAGACCCACUGAUACCGCAGACACAUUUUUAUUUUUGAAGGCUAAUUAUAACCAGGAGCAAUCAACUUAG